UACAGCCCUGUUGCUUGUACACCAGCAGUGACGAUUUCACUUGACUGCUUCCGCUCAAAUGGCCAGUGAGAGAAAGCUCAAAGUCGUACUUACUGGUGAUAACAAUGUCGGUAAAACAACAUUCCUUAUUAACCUCACUCAGAAUGAACUCGAGGGAACGCCUACGGCCUUUGCGAAUUACGAGCUCGGGUUGGAAGUCGGUUCGCAAAAGUUUCUACUGGACCUAUGGGACACUGAGGGGACUACAGAAUACGAUAGGCUCCGACCGCUGACCUACCAAGGUUCAGAUAUCAUCCUUCUGUGUUUCGACAUAAGCAAUAGACAGACUUUUGAGAGAAUCGAGAGCAAAUGGUUACCGGAGACGACGCAAGUUUUACCCGGAAGUAUUAGAGUGCUAAUAGGGAACAAAAACGAUAUCAGAAAAACGCGUCAAGACAAAGAUCGGGAAAUUCAAGACGCCAAAAAAGACAGCAUCGUGACGGCAAAGGAAGCGAAGCUUCUCGCUAAGAAGUACGACUUGCCAUAUAUGGAAACCAGUGCCUUGUCACGUCAUGCAAUACAAGAAGCAUUAUACGCAUGCGUCAAGAAGUACAGCGCUGCGAGCUCUCGGUCUAAGCGAGACCUUCUUCGAAGGCGUUCAAAGACCGCUGAACGGCUAGAGACCACUGAAACGCAGAGUCGUGAUGAAGAUAUGAGCUGUACAGUAUCCGUGGAGGAAAUGAGCAAGAGUCAGAACAGCUCUAGUUGUGUAGUGAUGUGACACUUGUGUGGAAUUAGACACUUUCCUCAGGAUUUGUUGAAGGGGGGGACAUUCUGGGAAAAUAUGUAAAAUCGUACGAAUCUUCAAAAAGAAAAGACCACAUUUUGUGGCCGAGGAAGGGGUGGAGGAGGGGGUAUAGAUUUGCCAGUUCCUAUACAACACAACACAACUCUUCGAGAUACCUUAGGAUAUUGUGGGGGGGGCUCGAGAAAUUUUUGAGGUCUAAAGGGGGGGGGGGCGUCACUGAUUUAUUUGGGUGUUGUCUCUACUAUAUAAUUUGACGAAGUGUCUAAUCAGACUUCUUGGUUUAACUUG